CCAAUCCGAGUGAGCGCGCUGUACUGGAAGGCCGACACCUCUCGACAGGAGCUCCAUGGGACCAGGUCACAGCCCUGUAUAGUGGACUCACGUGACAACGAUAACCGCUCAAUACACGUGUACAGUCUGCCUAUAGAUGAGUACCCAGGGCUAGUCAAGGUGGCGUUACAUCACGGCGCCGACAUCGACCCUAACUAUCGUGACGUGGUGGACACCGACUGGAUAGAGAGGGUGGUGGGCGACAAGAUUUCUCAACUCAUGCCUCACGUGGACGGCCGCAGACCCGUGCAGAAGGAGUACUGUAUCUACACGAACACCCCCGACAACCACCCGUUCAUCGACAGACACCCAAGACAUAAGAACAUUGUCAUCUGUGCUGGCUUCUCCG